AUGGAAAUCAGAAGGCACGGCUUCACAGUUACGACCAGCUCUAGAGUGUGCAGUCGGCAUUUCGAGACUGGAGACAUCUUCGUGUCUUCCUGUGGGAAGCGUUGUCUUCAGCCCAAAGUUGUCCCGUCGUUAUUCCACUGGAAUAAUUUUUCGAAAAAGACAGAGCGAGCUGGAGUUUUGGAGCAUCACGUUAAAUAUGAAACCAUAUCAGGGGAGCUCGACGAGCUCAGGCUGCAGCUUGAGUCUUAUCAGUCGACUCAGGGACUGCAGCGAUUUGCCACAUCAGCUGAUGACAUUCGGGACUGUACAAGGGACCCUGAAGCCAAAGAUGCACAGCACAGCGUUACAAGAGACCAUGACUACUGCUCAGUCCCUGAGCCGUCUGCAUCAGCUGUGUCCAAAGACGUGGAGAGUCUGAGGAAGGAAAUACAGGAGUUACGUGUCCAGCGAGAGUUUGGGUUAUGGCGGUUUGCUGGCUCUGACACUGACAUCCAAUUCUAUACCAGAUUUCCAAGCUAUAAUCAUUUAAUGGCAUUCUGGGUUUUGAUUGAGCCUUGCAUCUAUAAAAUGAUCCAGGCUUCAAGAGCCAAGUCAGCUGCCAACAUGGAUGAAGAAGUGUUGACACCUGCACGCACACAAACGAGGCAGCUGCUCCAGCCAGUCGACGAGUUCUUUCUUUUCCUGGUUUUCCUGUCUGUUGGUCUGAAGGAGAGGGACCUGGCUCAUCGAUUCAACAUACACCAGUCCACAGUGAGCCGCAUCAUUGCAACAUGGACAAGUUUCCUUGCCACUGCACUGGGGUCUCAGUGCAUCUGGCUUACACGUGCAGAAGUGCAAGCUUACCUCCCUGAGGAAUUCAAAGGUUUCUCAGACAUCCAGGUGAUCCUUGACUGUGCAGAGCUGAGGUGUCAGACACCAUCCUCACCACUUCUCCAGAGUGAAACGUACUCUUCGUACAAAUCCCGCUGCACGAUGAAAGCCCUGGUUGGCAUAGCUCCACAUGGUCCAGUCACAUUCAUCUCUGAUCUGUACGCAGGUUCGGUUAGUGACAAGGAACUAUUCAAACAAUCAGGCAUUGCUGAGAAGUUGACUGAAGACAUGGCGGUGAUGGUGGAUAAGGGCUUCCUCAUCACAGAUUGUUGUAAAUGCAAAGUGUACCGCCCACCUUUUGUAUCGAAGCAGAAGAAGAAGAAGAACCAGGUUAAGGAGACACAGGCCACAGUCAGACUCGGGCUACAUGUGGAGCGAGUCAUUAGGAGGAUCAAACAGAACAAACUUUUUGAUGGCAUCAUCACCAUGUCACCUGUUUACAAUAUCAACCAACUGUUCGCAGUAGCAUGUAUGCUGUCAAAUUACCAGAACACAGCAUUAGUUAAAAAACAGGUUAAGUGAGACGAGAUGGAGUCGUCCCAGGACACCAGUGCAAGUAACUUAUGCUAGGCAUGGAGCUUUAAAUACUUACUAUGUAAAUAAGUGUUCAGUGUUUUAAUGUUUUUGAUACCGUUGCUAAAAUAAAAAAAAUAAAAUGUU